GAGCUCAUCGUCGCGAUUAGUCGAGUAUUUCCUCCGUGCGACAUACUACCACCGACUGUCGCGAUGUCGCGCCUCUAUCAACCUUCGGACCAUGUCGUCGAAAAGUCUUACAUUUGUUCUCUUGACAAGUAUAGAGAGAUGCAUAAAAAAUCUCUAGAGGAUCCAGAAUCGUUCUGGUCUGAAAUAGCGAACGAAUUCCACUGGCAAACCCCUUACCAGUCGGGCAAUUUUGUAUCUUACAAUUUUGAUACAAACAAGGGGAAUGUAUUCGUUAAAUGGCUAGAGGGGGCCGUAACCAACGUUUGCUUCAACGCCCUGGAUAGAAACGUGAGGAAUGGCCACGGCGAUAAAAUCGCAUUUUACUGGAAAAUAUUAUCUCUAUGCCACAGGAAUGAUGUGAAGAGCCUGCGGGUGCUGGGCAGCGUGGGUGAGCCGAUCAACCCUGAAGCGUGGCUCUGGUACUACAGUUUGGUGGGCAGCGGACGCUGCUCUAUAGUGGACACCUUCUGGCAGACAGAGACUGGUGGCCACGUGCUCACAAGUUUGCCGGGUGCGACCCCAAUGAAACCAGGUUCUGCUGGUUUCCCAUUCUUUGGCGUCGAGCCGACCUUGUUGGAUGAGAACGGAAAGCCGAUCGAAGGUCCAGGUGAGGGCUACUUGGUGUUCGCCCGCCCAUGGCCCGGCAUCAUGAGGACGCUGUUCGGAGACCAUGAUCGGUACGAAAAGGUCUACUUCUCCAAGUUUCCGGGCUACUAUUGCACUGGCGAUGGUGCCAGGCGGGAUGAAGACGGUUUCCUGUGGGUAACCGGCCGCAUUGAUGACAUGCUGAACGUAUCCGGCCAUCUCAUGUCCACGGCUGAGGUGGAAGGCGUGCUCACCGAGGAGCCCAGGGUCUCCGAAGCCGCUGUCGUCUCCCGACCACAUCCUGUCAAAGGAGAAUCUCUUUAUUGCUUCGUCAUCCUCAAUGACGGGGCCAAAUUUGACACCAAUCUGGUCGAUUCGCUUAAGAAACUAGUCCGACAACGGAUUGGGGCAUUCGCCGCGCCUGAUGUUAUACAAUAUGCCCCAGGGCUCCCAAAAACCAGAUCUGGCAAAAUUAUGAGAAGAAUCCUCAGGAAGAUUGCCUUAGGCGACCACGAUAUCGGCGAUACCUCGACUUUGGCCGAUCCGUCGGUUGUUGAUGAGCUAUUCAAGAGCCGCCCUCAAUAAAGUUGUCGUACAAUUGAGGGGACCUUUUAUCAAAUUAUGUUUUUUGCUAUAUCUUCGUUCGUAUCCACACUUCAGGAUCUUAUUUUGCUGCCGUCCGUCCGUUUAGUUGCUGUUUGAGUAAAAUAUAUUAUUUUAUGAAUGGCCCUUAAAAUAUAUAUAAUAGGUCUUUCUAAAAUAAUAGUUAUAUUAUGUACUUAGCUAUAGAAGGCAAAUAUAGAGAGCAUAAAAUAUCUAGACCCAAUGUGUCGUAAAUUAUUUAAUGGUAUUUAACCUCUAUAACUAUUAAAUAUAGGAACAACUGUGGUGUUAUAAAUGUUAGGGGCACCGGGAAAAAACUGAAUAAGAUUGCAAGGAUGUGUACGUAUCGUAAAUAUACAAAUAUGUCGAAAGAACUUUAAUAUAUAUUUAGUUUGAAUGCUGACUAAUUAACGCAUUGUAUUGAGAAUUAAACGAAUAAUGUAUUAUAUUCACGAAUACUAUAUACAAUCAGUACCUCAUGAUUAAUAGAUUAUUGUUACAAGGAUUUGUAUUAAAAACUUGUAUUAAUUUGGAAAGCUUGAGUGCAGUAGCAGCUUUAGUAAUAGGUCAAACCACAGAAAAUAACCUCUGCGAAUAUAACUGAAAUAACCUUAAGGGAGCGAUCACAUAAACGUGUGACAUUUUGUUUUAAAGAAUAACAGAAAUACGUCAUUAGUGAUGGGAACAACUUCUAAUGACGUAUUUCUAUUUGUUUUGCAGUUGUUAAUUGCUGUAGUUUGGCUAAUUACUGUAACUGUUACAUUACUUUUAAGUAGGUCAAGUGUAUCUAAAUGUUUACUUUGUUUUUUAUGAGUGAAUCAGGCAGAGUUUAAUGCUUUUUACUACUGUCCAUUCUAAGUAGAGCCAUUUUGUAACAAUACCUACUCGAAAUAUAAUGUACCUAUAAUUCCCGUAUCGUCAUUCCUAUUUUUUUAUUUAUUUAGAUAAUAAAUUAGGUUAGGUUAGGCAACAGCUUUUGGUUUUAUAUUAUCAUAGUGUAGUGUGCAAUUAAGACGUUUUCGAUUAUGUAAUUAAUAUAUUUUUAUAAGUAGUUAAGCAGGAUUUCAGAUUUUUUCUCUGCCUUAUGUGUUUGCCAAAUUGUACCUAUAGGCGGCUUGUGCGGUUUAUUUUCCGAUGUCUUGAAAAUAUAAACAACACAAAUGUGUAAAUUAGUGUAGGUUCACUUCUUGUAAAUAAGAGAAAAAUCAUUUAUAUUCAUAUAGACUCGGCUCCUACCAUGGUGACAAAAUUUAUAAUAAUAUAUACUUGCCUUUUUUUAUAAACUAAAUUUUAUUAAUAUUUUAUUUAUAAAGGUUGUCUCAUACUCCCAUCGGUAGCGCAUAUUUAAAUAUUUAUAUAAAUCGUUAGGUACUUAUUUUGGGUCAGCUAAAUAUCUAUAAUACAUUUAUUUCAGAACAUUAUGCAAUAGUUUUGAAACAAAAUAUUCACCAAACGUCCGCUACCAUUUUGAACAUAAUUGUACAGAGACAGUUCAGAGACAAAAAAGCAUGUGGCCCGUAAUAAAAUUUGCGUUCCUAUUGGGACGCCUUUACAUGGACAGCAAGUAAGCCAUUAGGUGAACUGCUAAUAGAAUCAUAGUGCAUAAUACCAUUUUCGUUUAUUUUAACACAACAGCAUUCCUACACACUAACAGGAAUAGGUACUUUAUACUUGCAUGGAAUACAAAAACUUAGUUUGCUUCCAAGGUGUCACUGCCUUCAACGAACCUCAUAGACGUACGUAGUGGUGUAUAUGUAUAUAGCAGAUUUGUUCAAGUUAUAAGUUGUGAUAUUUUAUUUGUAUUUGGUUUCGUUACGCACAAAAUCCUUUUAAUGUAUAACUUAUGUAUAUGUAGUAAGUACUAAUAUAUACUCGUAUACAUUAUACGAGUAUGUAUAUAUACGAAUAGAAUGUUUGUUGUAGUUCAUCGAUAUUAUAACGCUUAUAAAAAACGUAGGGGUUCUCUAAAAUCGAGUUGCACUUAUUGUGAUGCACAUUUAGUUUGUAAGACCUGAGUAAUAUUGAUGAAACAUAAAAUUAUUAUUGACUUUAUAUUUGUUUACUUUAAUUUUUUGUCGUGAUAUACUACGUUAGUCAGUAAGUUUCAGCCUGUAUAAAAUCGUAACAAGCGAGUAUUGGCUGCGUAUUUAAGGGUAAUUAUGUAUUAAAAAUUAUACAGCAUGUACUACGCGUAAUCAGCAAUACAUUUUAAAUAUAGGCAACAAGAGACAAAAAAAUCUCGGCUUCGCUUUUUAUUAGUGAUUGUGGUUUGUGCUUUGAAGCAAUAAUAGGCUUUGACAUUUAAUUUAUUUGCGCGUGUAGUCAUAAAGGGGACAAUGCAAGCGGAGUGUCUGUACAAGUAACAAUCAUCAUUUCGUCUGCUUAAAGGUAAAACCACAUAAGUGGCAUUCCACAAAUC